AUGGCGGUCGCGAAGAUCACCUCGAUGAAGGAUUCAAAAAGAAAAAAGAAAAAAAUCAGAAAAAAUGCAUAUCUUUUUUUCUUGUUCCUGUUCCUAAGCGGGGUAGUCUAUCUUGGCCCUCCUACCUUCUUCACUUCUGCGAAAGGUAUCAACCUAAACGAUACAAAUGGGGGAAAGCCCCCGAAGGAUGACGAGCACUUAAAUGAUAAUAACCAGAAGAAUAAAAAGGGGAAAGACGAAUCAGACCAGAUUAACAACCAAAAUCAAACAGACAAAAGUCAUAAUACAGGAAGAGGCUUUCUUGAUUUAUUUAACAAAAACAAAAAUGAUGGAAAUGACUACACAUUAAAUUUCAUAGAUGCUGCAUCUCUUGUAAACCCUACAGACAUAAUUAAAAAUGGCACCUUCAUAUUUGACGCUGUCAAUUAUUUAUUUAAAAAGUUGAAGGAGGGACCCGCAAAUGCAGGAAAUCCAGAUACGCAUGCCUUACGACCUGGGAAGGAUGCCGUCAGUGCAAAUGAAAUUAAAAGGAUAAUUCUUAUCAAGCUGCUGAAAUGUGUGGCUGUGUUAAUUCUGAUCUACGUGGUUAUUCGCUUGACCUUCACCUUCAUCAAAAAACUUAUAAAUUUGAUAAUUAUGUUCUUUUUCAAAAUUAUAAAGCUUUGUUGCUGUGGAGGGAGCUGA